GCGAGAAACCGAAAUGUCUGAGCUUAUGUCGGCGCAAGGAGUCACCCCAACCUCGAGAAUCAUAUCGACCUACCUCUCAUUCUAUCUGGUCUACUUUCCAGGAUUCCUGGCAUGUUCAGUUAUCAUGACCCAGAUUCUUUUCAAGAAGACAUCCGAUAUUCUGUUUCUGUUCAUUACAUUACUCGCCGGCGCCUCGACCAUAACUUCGGCACACUUUGUGGCGUCCUUCUUCAGCAAGGCCCAGCUCGCUGGCCUAUAUACAUCCACACUGUUCUUCGCGUUGGCAUUGGUCACCCUGGCUGCUUCGCUCGCAAAUCCUCAACCGACUGGCCAAAUAAUUGGUCUCUCUCUUGUAUUCCCUCCCAUCACCUGGGCGAACUUCAUUGGAGAUGUCGCUUUGAGAGAGUUCAACUUGAAAGCAUUCUCAUUGGCACCUGAACCAUUCGUAACAGACGGCUUCGAUCCUCCUUAUCGGCUACAAAAGAUGAACGGGUACCUGUACAUUAUUUUCUUGCUCUUACAGAUCGUGUGUUACUCUGCUGGCACCUACGCUGUUGAACGAGGUUUAUGGGGCGUCAACAGGAACUUUGAUCGAAUCGGUGCGGAUAGUGAUGUUGCUCUUCGAUGCACUGGUCUCACGAAGACUUAUUAUGGUAAGCGACAAUGGUAUUGGCCGUUCUCGAAGAAGGGUGCAACAGUUGUGGCUAUUAAUGACUUGAAUCUCGAAGUCAAGAAAGGCUCAGUCACUUUCCUAUUAGGCCCAAAUGGUGGAGGCAAGAGUACUAGCUUGAAAGCGAUUGCUGGAAUGAUUAACAUGGAUUCUGGCUCACGUCUAGAGCUCAAUGAAGCUGGCCUAGUCUUUGGCAUCUGUCCACAACAGAAUGUCUUUUGGGAUACUCUGACAGUGAACGAACAUAUAAAGAUAUGGAGAAAGCUCAAGACAGCAGCUUUCGUCACUGAUCAAGCAGAUGACGACGAUGUCAUUGCUGAAUGUGACUUGAUCGAGAAGACACAGGCUCAGGCGAAGACACUGAGCGGUGGACAAAUGAGGAAGCUCCAACUUGCAAUUGCUUUUGUCGGUUCAUCGAAGGUGUGCUGUAUCGACGAGGCCUCUUCUGGGCUGGAUCCGCUCUCACGUCGGAACAUCUGGAACAUUGUGCAAAAGGGACGUUCUCGACGGACCAUCUUGAUGACAACACAUUUCUUGGACGAAGCAGAUGUCCUUUCCGACCAUAUUGCGAUCGUGUACAAGGGAAAGCUAGUCUGCGAAGGGCCUGGAACUUCAUUGAAAGCUCGUUUCGGAGACAACUAUAUCAUACGCAGCGAUUCCGGAACCGAAGACGAUAACCUUGUUUGGAGAACUACCAAUUCGGCCGAAGCCACGAGAAAGAUCUUGGAACUCGAAGCUUUAUCAGCAGAGGAUACAUACAAUGUCGUAUUUCCGACUCUGGAACAAGUGUUUUUGAAGGUUACAUCGGAAUCAAACACUGCUAUACACGACGUGGGCGGUGAUGGUAUGGUCGGUGAACAAGAGACUGAUACGGUCAUCGAUGAGAAGAUUGAGGCCUUAGAAGAACAACGUGCUCAAAAUAUCGAUCUAGACGUGGGACAUUCCAUCGGGGUAGCAAGACAAGUCUUCACACUGUUCAAGAAGCGACACGUCCUACUCCGUCAAAAGGCCGGAUGGAUUUCCUAUGGGAUCAACUUGAUCAUUCCUAUCAUCAUAGCCUCAGCUUUGGUCAAGUUUCAUUACGGCUUCAAAUCAUUACAAACUUGCCAGACGAACGAGCUUCUUCUCCGCAAUGGCACCCAAAGCGAAAAGACUUAUGGCGAAUCACCAUCCCUAUUCGCGCCAUUAGCAGCUUACAAUGGGCCAGAACUAUAUCUCUAUGACAGUACGCCAACGGCAUAUCUUGGUCCACAGUCCGAAUUCGUGGGAACCGCACAAGAUGCUCUAUACUUAGCAUCACUCGCAAACCUUAAGAUAUAUAGUUCUGGUAACACCUGCAGCAAUGAGAGCUGUUUGGCUACAGAAUUAGUAGCGACUCGGCAAUUGGUCAAUAAUACAGCUGAUAUGAUCUUUGGAAUCACAAACUCCUCAGGCUACGGUUAUGAUGGAUUUGGUAUUUAUGCUCCGUCUCCCGAAUCUGCCAUACUAUUCUAUUCGACAGAAAACUACGAUUCGGCAAUCGAGGUUGGAAUGGAUGCUUUCGGUUUCAUUACAAACAGGAUCAGCAACUCCUCCACUGACACCGGAAAAGCCAGAAUCUCAUCAGCUACACUUCGGACAAUGGUACAUGCUGAGAACAAUGUUUCCUUGCUUUCGUUGCCGAUCUCGGCUUUGAUUGCUCUUGCUUUCAUUGCCGCAACAAGUAUUUCUGUCAUUUAUCCCACGUUCGAGAGGAUCAAUCAAGUUCGAGCUCUUCACUACUGCAAUGGAGUAUCACCGUUUGCUCUAUGGACUGGGUAUCUCCUCUUCGAUAUGCAGUUCAUCCUUGUAGAGUCGAUCUUUGUUUGGGGACUUCUAUAUGCAGGUCCUCUGGCUCGGUUGUAUUAUGAGUCUAAUUAUAUCCUAGGAGUCUUCAUCCUGUUCGGUAUUGCAACUUAUCUUGGCAACUAUCUUUUGUCCCUAUUUGUCAAGAAGGCAGCUUUUGCAAUCGCCGCUGGACUCCACGUUCUUCUGUUUGUUCUGUAUUUGGUGGCUUAUGUCAUGAACCAGUCCUUUGGCAACGGCUCAAUGCUGUAUUCAACGUACUCGAACAUCCAAUAUGGCCUUGGACUCUCAUCACCUGCCGCAAACUUACUCAGAGGAUUGUUCGUUGCUACUAACAGCUUCGAGAUUCUCUGUGGGAAGUAUGGUGAUGCAGAUGUAUCAAAUCCGUUCGCAUAUGUUCGAUACGGAUCAGUCUACGCCAAUCUUCUGAUCCAAAUCGCCUUCUUGAUUGCGGUGCUCUACAUCUACGAAUAUGGCAGUGCAGACUGGAUUCGCCGAAAUAUCAUCCAUCGUGGAGUUCCUCCACGUCUACACUAUGUUGUUGAUGCAGUUGGCUCCACUCGUGCAGAACCUCCGCGAAGCCCACAUCAGCACGAAAAGAACCUCGGCGCAUUUCAAAGACCCCCCACCGGACCUAUUCUCGACGUCUCUAGCAUCACGAAGUACUUUGGCAAGGUGUUUGCCGUGGAGAACGUUUCUUUCGACAUUGCUGCUAACCAGACUCUGGCUCUUCUUGGUGGAAAUGGUGCAGGAAAAACAACAGUAAUUAACAUGAUCCGUGGCGAGUUGGUGCCCAAUUUUGGCGACAUCUCUCUCGAUGGAGUCUCCGUUCUCAAGAAUCCUCACAAAGCUCGAUUACAUAUGGGUGUUUGCCCACAAGACGAUGCUGUCGACAACCUCACUGUCCGUCAGACGCUCAAUUUCUACGCUACGGUCAAAGGUCUUAAGAACGUCUCGGGAAACGUUGAUCGAGUUUUGGCUGCACUCAACAUCACUAUCUACGAGCAUGUUUCCGUGAAAGGACUUAGUGGUGGAACUCGUCGCAAGCUUUCUGUUGCUAUUGCUCUACUAGGCAAUCCCCGUGUCCUUCUCCUCGACGAGCCUUCCACCGGUCAAGACGCUGGCGCCAAGCGGAUCCUGUGGAAAGCACUGCAGUCAAUCUCGGCCAAUCGUGCUAUCCUGCUGACCACCCACUCCAUGGAGGAGGCAGAAGCACUCGCCACCAAUGUCGCGAUCAUGGGAACGAAGAUGCUGGCCACCGGCACAUUGUCCUCUCUCCAGACAGUCUAUGGAGGUUCUUUCAGUGUCCGAGCUGUUCGUGCUGGCGGAAUUGACAGAGACCAAGCAAUGUCACUAAUCAAAGCCGACUUCGACGAUAUUAUUGGUUACAUUGACAGUCAUGGCCAAAUCAGCUUCAGACUUCCACACAACAAGAGGAUGUUGGGCAAAAUGAUGGAGAAGAUGGAGAAACUGAAGGGAGAUGUUGGUGAUGAGCGGGCUGGUUCUUCGGGUAUGAAGGUCAUUGACGAGUAUACGAUUACUGGACCAACUCUUGAGGAGGUCUUCAUGAAUGUUGCUCGUGAGGCUGGACAUUCUGGUAUUGUUUAGCUAUGAGAAGUUGUACUUAAUGUUGAGAUAGUUGCU